AUGAGGAUUUGCUGCGAAUAUCGUCUCGCUCUGCAGUGUGGAAAAGAAUAUCGCAAUGCCGAUUUGCAUUUGAAUGCUGGAGCUGCUUUCCGCUAUGAAGAGAACUACGCUGAAGCAUUAGCCAAUCUUCGAUUAGCGGUGAAGUAUGAUCCCAGUGAUGUCAUCGGUUCUCACGGACGUUUAUCAUCAUUCACGCAAUUUCUCGUCAAUGUUGCAUCGGGCAUUCAAAAUGCAGGUGACUGCGUGCUUUUAAAUUGGCUAUUUAGCGUCACUUCGUGCAAUUUGUGA